ACGUGCGUCUAGCACGAUCUAGUGGGCCGCGAACACGUGAAGGUGAUUUUGACAGUUAACCUAACAAUUUCAGAAGUUUUCGUUCUCAAUGGCUUAAAUUGCAUCAAAUUCGAGUCAAAAUCACAAAAUGCGUUGGCUAUUUAAGGUCUACGAGACUUUUCUGAUUCGGCACCCCAAAAUGACUCAAGCCGUACAAACUGGAGUACUCAUGGGUGCCGGGGACGUGAUUUCCCAAGUUUUUAUCGAGGAACAGCCCGUGAAAAAAUUGAAUUACAAAAGAACACUUCAAUUCGUGAGCGUGGGGGCCUUUUACGUCGGACCUGCAUUAACGAUUUGGUACGGUGUUUUGGAUAAGUAUGUGGGGAAAAGCGGGAAACGUGUCGCUCUUACGAAAGUAGCUUUGGAUCAGAUUUGUUUCGCUCCGGUUUGUCUUUUGGGGUUCAUGGUUACUGUUGGGGCGUUGCAGGGAAAAACAGUGCAGGAGGUGAAGCGAGCGAUAAGAGAAACAUAUCCCGAUAUUUUACUUGCUAAUUAUAAGUUGUGGCCAGCAGCUCAGACGAUUAAUUUUUAUUUUGUACCGUUGCAGUAUCAGGUUUUGUAUGCUCAGGUUGUUGCGUUAUUCUGGAAUGUGUAUCUUUGUUUUAAAACUAAACCAGAGAAAUAAUGCCACUUUUUUUAUUAAAAUUAGAAUUUGAUUUAUACUUUAUGCUAGGACCAAAGCAUUUACUUUUAGUCUUUAUUUUUUGCACUGAGGAAGAGUUAUUUGUAUUACAUGAAAGUCAACAAUGACCAUUUUCACUGGGAUGAGUAAUAUAAUGAAGAAAAAAUUCAUUUAUGAAGUUAUUUAUAUAUGUCAUUUUUGUACAAAAAAUAGUUACUUACUUAUUUCGCCUAUUUUGGAUUUGCUUAAUAUGACGAUUUAUUUGGCAAAUUAAAUUAAUUAAGUAAAAAGUACAAUUGGCAACAUCACAUAGUUAUUGUCGCUCUCUGUGUUCUAAUUUUAUACUUAAGUACUUAACCUGCAUUUUUUGAUAUUGUUUAUUCAAUUUUUACAGUUUUGCCAGUUGUAUUUUGUGCUUCACGGAUAAUGUGAAAUACACUUGUUAUUAUGUUAAUGGAUUUUAAAAUAAACGAUUUGUGUUUAAACUAAAAUAAUUUUUCUAAAAAUCGGGGAUUACUUUUUUGUACUGUAUGUUUAGCGUGACAUGAAAACAAAUUAAUGCGCUAUUUUUUUAUUAUUUUUUAAUUCCAUUUAUUUUGUACAUUAUAUGAUACACAUCAGUAACAGAAGACAUCUACAUUUUAAAAAUGUAAUUCUUAAACACAUUAUAAAAUAUACUAUA